AUGGCUCAACUGGAUCAUACCUGCCCUUUAGACCAACGCGAUCAAUACAAGACGAAGGCCACCUCAAAAGUCAUUUCUCAUGUCUAUCAUUCCCGUUACGGGGAACCAAAUAACGUCCCAAAAGUUGCACAACUACAGAAACUUGUGCUGGAGGACUUGCGUACCAACCCCAGGACCAUCACAGCUAUUGAAACAGAACUUGACGAUUUUGGUGACUCAUGUUUCCUCUACGCUUUCCUCUCCUUUGGUGCUUCAAUACAUGGCUUCCGUCAGGUUCGACCUGUUCUCAUAAUCGAUGGCACACAUCUAUCUGGAAAAUACAAAGGUGUCCUCCUCACGGCUUCCGGCCAAGAUGCAAACUUCCAAGUUUUCCCACUUGCUUUCGCUGUUGUUUAUGGAGAGAACGACAGUGCUUGGGUCUGGUUUCUCACUAAGGUGGAAAGGAUAAUCGCUGACUCCACUGCUCUUACCAUCAUCUCAGAUCAUCACAUCUCCCUUCUUAAAGCAAAGGCAAUUGUUUUCCCAAAGGCGCAUCACGGUGUCUGCAUCGUGCAUAUCAUGAGGAACGUUGUCUCCCGUUACAAGAGCAAGGGACUUGCCAAACUUGUUUGUGCUGCUGUCUUCUCAUUCAAACGCAAAGACUUUAAUGACAACUUUGGGAAAAUCCGGCAAACUAAUCCAGCUUGCGCCAAAUACCUAGAAGACAUUGGCACCGCUAUGUGGUUGAGGACUUACUUCCUAGGGAACCGAUACAAUCUUCUUACCAGCAAUGUCGCCGAGCAACUCAACAAUGCUUUGAAGAAAUCCAGACCAUCCCCAAUUGUUGAGUUAUUCAUGUUCAUCCAGAGGAUGUUGACACGUUGGUUUUCAGGUAGGAGAACCAAGUCUUCAAAACACAGGGGCGCGGUCACCCCAGAAGUCACUGCUGUUAUUGAAACACACAUAAGGUUAACCAAAGGUAGUAAAAUCGCAAACAUCACAGAUUGGAGCUAUCAAGUCAAGGGUGUUUUUGGCCAUUCAUACACCGUUGCUUUAGACAACAAAGUCUGUUCUUGCAAAGUUUUCCAAAAGCUCAAAAUACCAUGCGGACAUGCGUUGCUAGUUGCUGACUAUGUCGGUCUCCCCCAUGUCCAACUCGUUGGAGACUGCUACAAAACCCAGUCAUGGAAAGACAUGUACUCUGGUGUCAUCUACCCGGAGGCUCCGUUUGGAGAGCUCCAUAUCCCUCCCGCUAUUGCUUCUCUCAAUCUACAGCCUCCUAAUACCCGUCGUCCUUCAGGCCGUCCUAAGGACCAACGCAUCCCCUUUACUGGUGAAAUUCAGGUCAGCAAAAUAUAA